AUGAAGAUACUCGUGAUAAAUCCUACUAGUUCCCCUUCCCUUGAGGACAAUCUCAGGGUGUGUCUACAAGAUCGCACUAGGCUUCCUGUCGGAUUCUACACAUGCUCCAACUCCAAAUGCCCCAAGGAAAUUUAUAAUGUCUCACAAGAGGUGGAAUCUGCAUAUCUAUGCUUCGAAGAACUUAAAAACAUGCACCAAGACUAUGAUGGCUUUUUGGUGUGUUGUUUCUCCGACCAUCCUCUGGUGUACAUGCUUAGAGAGCUCGUUGGAAAACAGAAACCGGUCACAGGAAUUUUUCAGGCGAGCAUACUACACUGCUUGGCCUUAGAUGUCGGAAACUUUGCAAUUGUCACCACAACCAACUCGUGGAAGCCGCUUUUGGACAAGGCCGUAGACAACUAUUUGGGCACCGGUUCAGCAGUGAAGUUCAAGGGAACAUUUGGAACCGGAUUGGGUGUUCUCGAAGUGCACGCUUUUGGCACUGCAAUUCUGGAUAAAUGCAAAGAAGUGGUUGAAAAGACAAACGUGGAAGUGAUAUGUUUAGGAUGUGCUGGUAUGGUUGGACUUGCCAAAGAAGUGGAGGAAAAGCUCGAAAGGGAGGUGAUAAUAGUUGAUGGUGUUCUGAGUGGUGUGGCCUUUGUGGAGUCGUUGAUAAUUGCGCGGCAGAGCUAA